AUGUCAUCGGAGGGACCCGCUGGGAGCGUGGGGCGGCUCGCGGAUACCGUGUCAGCCGUGGGCUCCACGGCGGUCGUGGCCUCCGUGGGCUCCCUCUGUGCCCUGGUUUACCCGGUAAUUAAAGAGCUGAGAGCAGAGAGGGUGGUGGCGGAGGACGGGACAGAGGAAAGGAUGCUAGGUUUCUGGAGCAUCCUGGUGCUGUCGGUACUGGUCGGCUGCGUCUGCUCCGUCUUCUCGUGGACUCUUUUCUACCUGGACUCCCACCAGCCCGGCCUGGUGUCUCAGACCCCCCCGACAGUCCCAAACUACAGGGACGUUUUCGGCCGCGGCUCCCCGCUGGGUUACGGCGUUCCUGUCCUCAACGGCGUCAUGGCCGCUCUCACGGUCGUCUGGAGUCUCUCCUGACGCACUUAUUCGGGGGCAGAUACCCCCACCUGGACAGAUAACCCAUCCUGGAAACUGGACAAGUAGUUUAAAGCCCCCUUGAGAAGUUGUCAAGCAUUAAAAUUCCACUAAGAUUCAUAGUAGUGAUUAUUUUUUAUUCAAUUUGAAUGUAAAUGUAGAGUAAAUUUUGUUGUUUGUUGCAGCUUUUCUUUGGGGUUAUUUGUCUGAAAAGAGAUUUUACAUUAAAAAAAACACGCAGAAUGGCAUAUAAAAAAAACAAUAGACGAAAAUUGCAAAGGUAAUUUAUCCACAUUUUCCAUGUUUUAGUGGAAUUUUGAUCUCUGCAGCUUUGUUUCCCCCCCCUCUUUAGUUUUGCUGCUAAAAAAGGUGCUUUCCAAACAGUCUCCACUAGGCUGCAGUGUAUGACUAACUCUCCACACAAUGAGUCUUUAGUAAAAAAGGAAAGUGCGUAGCAUUUUCAGCUAUCGCCGCUUUAAUUUAGGCCUGAAGAAUGUGGAGAGAAGGCAGGCUCAGCGUGAGGAAAAGCACGAAAUACCAGUUAUUUUCCACUGUCUGCAGCCAAGGGUAGGUCGGAUUUUAAAGGGCUGAGCUUAAGAACAAAUAACAGCGUUGCUUUUAUGUAAGCCUUAAUUUUGGCACGUUGCUUUUUCCCAAAAUUCUGUACUUUGAUUAUUGUGAAACUUUAGACUGUGGAUUCUGAUCAAAAGAAGAUUCUAAUUGUCAUAUCUCUCUUCAAGCAGCUCUGAUGGCAUGAAGUUUUUUUUCUUAAAUUUUUUUACUUUGAAAUGGAUAGUUCCCAUUCUAAAUUAAACCAUUUUGUACUGACAAUUUUUUAAUGUUCAGCCUGACUUUAACACAAAUAUUCAACCAAGUUACCUAACCUACCGUUUUUUAUAUUUUAUUUUAUACAAAAUGCACAGCAUUGUGGCGUGGAUGAGCUCAUUCAUCCUGUAUUUGAUCCGUUACAAAUAAAUUUAGAUUUAGC